UGCUGUGCACCAGCUCCAAAAGGUUCUUGCUGCCCUUGCCGAUGCACCAACAAUCCCUAAAGAAUGCGACUCUGCUUUCUGCUAGCCUGCAAAAGCUGCAAUGGCUACCAAACGAUCAAGCUCAAUCAUCCUCCUUUCUUUUCUUGUACUUGCUUUAGUCCUCUCUCCAAUCCUUCCAUGUCAAGCAACUCGAGCGCAUCUAGAUGCUGAAAGGCGUAUGCUGAGGCGCAUAUGUCCUUCGUGUGUGUGUUGUGCACCAGCUCCACCAGGUUCUUGCUGCCCAUGUCGAUGCCCAAAAAAACCCUAAAAUUUUCAACUUUGAUUUCGUCUAGCAGUUUAUCAUAUGUGUUUAAUGCUAGGUUUAAUGUAUCUUAAUAACAUGUGAAUAUCAAAAGAUACGGCUACAUAUAUUAAUCUUGUCACUCAGCCAUUCUACAUUUUGAUUAUGAUAUGAUAUCCUCUAAGUGGGACACAGAACUAUGUUAUACACGUACAUGUUUUGGCUUUUAGCUUCGUUGAGAUAUUAUUAAAAAUAGACGGUCAAAGUUUGAGGGACCUUUGACUUUUUCAUUCAACACACGAAGAGAGACUUUGAAUAUUAAAGUGAACUAUGGGAAAGUCAUCUUUGAAAAGGCAUAUAAAUAUGAUAUACCUUAACCCUCUCUAAUAACACUAAGCAUAACCAAGAUCAAUGGUGUUUCACAGUGGAAAAUUCAUCUUUCUGAAGCUCGUCCUCUUCUCGCUACUUCUUCUUCCCUUGUCCAAAAGCAACGCUACUCGUAUCCCACGAGCUCCUAUUGGCCCGAGAAGACCAAUUUGCCCGGCUUGUGUAUGCUGUGAGCCAGCUCCGCUAGGAAGUUGCUGCAGAUGUUGUGCAUCCCCUAUCGUCACUCAAGCUCAUCCCCCCUCUCAAUCUCCAUGAAACAAAAAAUAACAUUAAAAAGCUUGACUCGGUACAAAAAGAAAGAAGAAUAAAAAAGAGUCUUUUAAAGUCCAUGUUUCUUUGUUUCCAUGUCUUGAUCAUAAACAUUAAAGUCAACUAGAGUUUAGUUUUUCAA